AAGAAACUCUUGGGGAAGGAGGAAAUAUUUUAUAAUAAAAUUUUCGUGUAGGGAAUUGCUGUGUUCAUGAAUAUUUAAAUCAUUACAGCACAUGCUUUCAUUCUCCGAAAUUCUGUAGUAUGGUGGUGAAGUUGAUUUCAGCUUGUGGAGCGAGAAUGGCUCUCAAAGGACUUCAUGUUGUUGAGCUGGCUGGUCUUGCUCCAGCGCCAUUCUGUGGUAUGAUUCUGGCUGAAUUUGGAGCUACAGUUGUCAGAAUAGAUAAGGUCAGUGAUGGAAAUGUAUUUGAUUGCAUAGCAAAUGGAAAGAAGUCAGUAGCAAUUGACAUAACUCAUCCUAAAGGAGCAGCAAUUUUCAGACACUUAUGCAAAACUGCAGAUGUUCUGGUAGAACCAUAUAGAAAAGGUGUGAUGGAAAAGUUGGGACUUGGGCCAGAAAUACUGCUUGCUGAAAAUCCUUCCUUGAUAUAUGCCAGACUUACAGGAUAUGGUCAGAGUGGCACCUAUUGUGAAAAAGGAGGACAUGACCUAAAUUAUGUGGCAAUGAGUGGAUUAUUGCCAUUUCUCGGCAGGAAAAAUGAGAAACCAACACCACCACUCAAUUUACUUGCUGAUUUUGGAGGCGGUGGCCUGAUGUGUGCUUUGGGUAUUGUAAUGGCAUUGUUGGAAAGAUCUAAAUCCGGAAAGGGACAAGUUAUUGAUGCAAGUAUGGUAGAGGGUGCAGCAUACUUGGGUAGCUGGAUUUUCCGUUCCCAGCAUUUGCCUUUCUGGGGGAAUUCCCGAGGAGAAAAUCUGUUAGACACUGGUGUACAUUUUUAUGAAGUAUAUGAAACAAAAGAUGGAAAGUACAUGGCUGUUGGUGCUAUAGAAAGUAAGUUCUAUGAUGAACUAAUCAAAGGAUUAGGUUUGUCUAGUGAAGAAUGCCCACAGAUUGGUGAUUUCAAUGAAGCAAAACUGAUUUUUCAAGAAAAAUUCCUUCAGAAAACACAGAAAGAAUGGGUUAAAAUAUUUGAUAGCCUUGAUGCUUGUGUCACGCCAGUCUUAUCACUCGAAGAUGUUGUCACACAUCCACAUAAUGCAAGCAGAAAGGCAUUCAUUAGCCCUGCAGAUUCUCAAGUACCCGUUCCUUCACCUGCACCACGGCUUCUCAGAACACCAGCAAUUUCCUUGGCAUCACAGCCUCAACCAAAACAUGGACAGCACACUGUGGAAAUACUUCAGAACCUCAAUUACAGUUCUGAUGAAAUUAUGUCUCUACAUAAAAAUGGAAUUGUUAAAUGUGACAUGGGAAGAUCUAGGAUAUAAUUAAAAAAAAAAAAAAGCAUGGUUAUGUUCUCAGGUGUACAUUAUGGAAGUAUUUUUAUGCAACCUAUAUGAAAAAUAAAGAAUAAAGUGAGUAGUGCCUGUGUCUUAA